GUUUGUUUGUUUGUAUGUUUGUUUUUAAGCAAUAUUAGCUGUAUUCAGCUGGCGUGUUCACUUCUUAUUAUGCAUUCACUAUGCCUGGCAAAGAGUCCAAACGCAAGGCGGAUGCUGCUAAGCGCAGCAAUCGUCCAGCUCCGCCUAUUCGUAUCGGGAUUCCAAGGCACAGCAACGAUGAUGUUAAUUUUUCUGGAACUGGCUUUCGUCAUCGAGUUCGUCGUUGGCCGACCAGUGUGAUUUCUAACAAAGCUCACAAGUUGGUCCUUCCAGAUGAGAUUCCUGACAAGAAAUUCGUCCUACUUGUUGGGGACUCCCACUUGAGGUCCGUGGCAGAUGGCAUAGUCCCUAUGCCGGUUGGCGGCCUUGCUUUUGGUGUGAUGUCCACUCCAGGAGCUUGUGCAGAUCUUCUGCGCCUUGAGGUUUCACAGGCUGUGUUACCUCGGGAGCCUGAUGCUGUUUGCGUCAUGGCUCCUUCUAACAACCUUACGGCCAGCAGAACAGUUGAAGAGGCAGGGGAUGCAUUUGAGCGGUACCUUUUGGCUGUUCUCAGUCGCUGGCCUAAGGUUUUCUGUACCUCCAUGAUUCCCCGUUUAGUUGGAUCCUGGGAGCGUCAAGACCUGUUUCAGCAGGAGUACCACCGCAGAUCGGCUAAGCUAGGUGUAAGUUAUGUGCCGAUCCACGAUCACCUACCCAGGUACCGUCUUAAACUGUGGUGCCGUGAUGGUAUCCACCUCAGUGAUAAUCACGGGAUGCCUAUACUCACGCAACUGAUGUGGAAUGCCUCCUAUCAGUUCUUGGAGACACACGCACCAAAGCCACUGGUGCAGCACCAGGUGUCUCGUCCGCAGAAAGCGAGUAUUGUGCCCCGUGUGGUUGUGAAGGGUGUGGAACGCAUUCCACCUCCACGCCCUUCCGAAUGGACGUUUGUGAGACCUAGCGGGAAGAGGAACCAUUCAGGGGAAUUUGAAAAGACUUCUAAUCCCCCCAAGAAACGAGUGGUUGUUUCUAAGGCUGAUGACACUUCAGUGGCCUUGAAGGAGUGUUUCAUCCCCCUGAAUCCCGUUAGGUUCUCACCUUCAAUUCUGGCUGCCAUGGACACGAUUGCUCCAGCGGAUGGUCCCACAGACAUACAGACUACAUCUGUGCGACAUUUUAAGAAAGCAGCUAGGCGUGUCCAGCAGGAGGUUGCAUCCACACCUUGCAUAAAUCCUCUUGCAGACGUGGAGUCUGUUCGGUCUAGGAAGGAGGUGUUGGACUGUGACCAGCUGCCUUCACCCCACCACCAGGAGGCAUCUGGUUGUCCUGGGUCUGUCUCUGGGUCUGGUGCUGCCCAUGCUGUGAUGCUUCCUUCUGGCCAUCACGCGCAUGCAUCACCCAGAGGUCAGUCUGCUAACACCCCUUCUUGCGUGCGUUCACAGGUUUUGCUGUCGUCUCUAGUUCCAGAGACAACUGUUCAAAAUCCUGUUGUAAAUAAUUUUGAUAAAGAUAAAACAAUUUUACACAACAAUGAUACAAUUUUAGACUCUGUCCUAGGAUCAUUUCAUCAGGGCGAUGGGCGUUUUAAAUAUGGGGGAGUUCAGUGUGCAGCUAUUACUGUUGUUGCUUUAACAAAGCACAAACAGAAGAGUGUUUUCUCUUGGGAUUUUGCCGUGUUGGAUAACGUUGUUGAGUUAGGAGAUGAGCUGUACACAGAUUUGCGCGACAACAAGAAGAUUAGAGGUGGACAUGAGUUUCUCUCUGUUCCAGACUUGCCAAAGGAAAUUGACAUGGAAGAACAGAGUUUUAAGCUUGUUUACGGGGAUUUCGUUUUAGGAGAUGUAGAUGUAGCUGAAGGCGAGUUAAUAGAUGCUGGUGUGUACACUCCUCUCCUGGAUGGAUUGAAGAAGAUGUGCACACAGCAUGAAACUUGCAUUAUGACAUUAAGUGGCAAUACUUGUGCUAUCAUUUGUGAUAAUGGACGUUAUGCUGUAGUAGAUUCCCAUGCACGCUCCGCAGACGGCAUGGUAGACCCGACAGGACAGAGUGUAGUUCUGUACUUUGCGAACCUUGAUAAUGUUUUUCAACAUUUUCAGAGGUUUGCUAGUGAACUGGUGGGAUCUCAGAGGUUAUUUGAGAUCACUGGAGUGGAUAUUGUUCAGAUGGACACAUUUAAAAAUGUAUCUGAACAAACAGAUGACAUUGACAUAAACCCUGUUAUUUUUGUUAGUGAUGCUAGUACUAAAGAUUUUCAUUUCAGUCCCGUUUCUACAGACGUGUCACAGGCGUUGAGUAAAUGUCUGAAUGUGAAGUCUGCGAUGGUUGAAUCAUCUCCUGUUCCUUCAUGUAGCACAAGUGUGGUUAACGUUGAUGAUGACAACAGUAUUGUAAACAAUGAUACAAUUUUAAGCUCACUUACAGGAUCAUUUAAUCAGAGCGAUGGGCGUUUUAAAUAUGGCGGCGUUCAGUGUGCAGCAAUAAGUCUUGUUGCUUUAACUAAGCACAACAUACAAAGUGUUUUUUCAUGGGAUUUUGCCAUGUUAGACAAUGUUGUUGUUUUGGGCGAUGAGCUGUACACAUAUUUACGCGACAGUGAUCUAAUAAGUGCUGGGAAUGUGUUUCUUUCUGUCCCAGAAUUGCCAAAGGAAAUCGUUAUGGGCAAACAGACUUUUAAGUUGAAUUAUGGGGAUUUUGUUUGUGGAAAUGUAGAUAUCGUUGAAGGUGAACUUAUAAAUGCUGGAGUGUACACUAGUCUUUGGGAUGGUUUGAAUAAGAUGUGUACACAAUAUGAAACAUGUUUUUUUACACUUGGAGACAAUACUUGCGCUUUACUUAGUGAAGAUGGACAUUAUGCUAUUGUUGAUUCACAUGCUCGUUCUGCAGAUGGAAUGGUUGACCCAAACGGUAAAAGUGUAAUUCUAUACUUUAGUAGUCUUGACAAUGUUUUUAGAUAUAUUCAGAGGUUUGCCAGUAAAUUAAAUGGAACUCAGAAGUUGUUUGAGAUCAGUGGAGUUAACAUUGUUCAGAUGGACACAUUGAAAAAUGUUUCUGAACAAACAAGGUUGCCUCCAACAACAGGAAAGGAGGUUAGACGUGAAGAGUCAUUUCCACUCUCGGAACCAAAAAAGUUACAGACAGAUGACACCGACAUAAACCCUGUUGUUUUUGUUAGUGAUGUUAGCACUAAAGAUUUUCAUUUCAAUCCCAUUUCUAGGGACGUGUCUCAGGUGUUGAGUAAACGUCUGAAUGUGAAGUCGGCAAUGGUUGAUGAAUCAUCUCGUGUGAUUGGUGAAUUGGGUGUACCAUGCAUGAAUAAAUCAAUAGUGGCAGAUGGAAACUGUUUUUUUAGAGCACUUGGUCAAGCUGUUUCUAGCACCCAGGAAUAUCAUAGAAAAAUCCGUCUUGCUUUGGUCAAUCAGUUAAAAAAGAAUCCUCAAAUGUAUCAAACCAUUUUAAGAAGUGAGUAUUCCUCGGUUUCGCAGUACCUCACCUCAUCCAGGAUGCAGUACGUUGGCAGUUGGGCAACUGAAGUGGAAAUUCAAGCUGCUGCUGAUUAUUUUGGCAUUAACAUAUUUACUUACUGUAAUGAUAAAUGGCUUAAAUAUACAUCCAACAGCAUCUUUUCACAGCAGGCUGUUUAUUUGGAGAAUAGUAAUGGUAACCAUUAUGAGACAGUGGUUUGUGUAAAACAACCUAACACAGGAACUUGUUAUGGUUAUUGUGGCCCUGUAAAUAGUAUUUCUGGUAGAUACAAUACUCGACAUGCCCCUACAGAACAUUUAAAAUGUUCAGUAGAAACUGUCACACUUGAGCCGAGUUCCAUAGAUACAGAUGGUGUUAGUGUUGUUCAUUCAAAUACUUUAUUUACUCCUCUGUCUGCAGAUUUUUGUAAAACUCUGUGUAAUCGGUUGAAAAUAGAUUUUGAGAAACACAAUUCUCAAGAAUCCACAUCAGGUGGGCCUUUAGGAAAUGUGUGUAAGACAGAACAUAUUAUUGAAGAUGGUAACAGCUUUUUUAGAGCUGUAGCUCAUGUAAUUAGUGGGUCACAGAAGGGCCAUCGUAAGAUCAGACUCGCUGUUGUUUCUUAUAUGUCCAAAAAUGCUGAAGAGUGUGAGAAGUUUCUGGGAAAAGAACAUGCUUCUGUGUCAGAAUACAUAAAAAAGUCACAGAUGAAUUAUGUCGGUCACUGUGCUACAGAAGUAGAAUUUAGAACUACAGCCAGUGUUUUAGGAUUACCCAUAUUUAUCAACAAUGGCACAGAGUGGGUCAAAUAUAGUUCUCAAACUGGUAAUUUUGUCACUGAGGGACUAUAUUUGUCAAACUGUAAUAAUCAUUUUGAGCCCGUUCUUUGCAUAAGACUGGGUAAUAAAGAAACAUGUUUUGGGUUUUGUAAAGUUGAUUCUUUGUCAGACAACGUAAACAAAUGCAGAAGGUCAACUAUGAUGCAGUUAAAUGCUGACCCAAACAUGGAAAAGAUGAAAACGAGGAAGAGUUUUUCCAGAUAUUUAAAGCAAAAUAAGGCUUAUGCAGAAGCCUCUAAUUAUAAAAUGGUAAGUGCAGUUAAAGACAAAAUAAAAAGUCAGAAGAAAAAUGCAUACAAGCAAAAUGUUGCUUACAGAAUGAAAAAGAUCAGCACAACCAAAUUUAAAUACAAAUUUCUUCUUGCACAUAAAGAGAAAGUUAAACAUAAGGCCAAACAUAGGUCCAUUUUCAACUAUCAUCAUAACUUGGCUCAUCGAGAAAAGCUUAAACAGAUGAGUGUGUAUAAGUACCAUCAGAAUUUGGCUCAUCGAGAGAAGCUUAAACAGAUGAGUGUGUAUAAGUACCAUCAGAAUUUGGCUCAUCGAGAGAAGCUUAAACAGAUGAGUGUGUAUAAGUACCAUCAGAAUUUGGCUCAUCGAGAGAAGCUUAAACAGAUGAGUGUGUAUAAGUACCAUCAGAAUUUGGCUCAUCGUGACAAAAAGAAAAAAAUAAGUAAAAAGAAAUACCUUAAUAUUGAGCAUAAAACAUGUUUAAUAGAAAGUAUCCAGCAUAAAAGAAAGCUGAUUAAAGUAAAUUCACAAAACUUUAAUUUUGUUGUAGAUCAAUUUUUAGAGAAGGUGAAAGAUGGACCUGAUUUUGUGUGUUGUGUCUGCUCACGGUUGUUGUUUAGACAUCAGGUCUUAAAUUGUAAUCAAGAAUACUAUAGAAAAACCAAAGAAAUGUCACUUAUAGCAGAUAAAUGUAUAAGUGACAAUCAUCUACACAAAUGCAAUGAUGCCUGUAGAUUACCUUGCAAAUUGAAUGUAUGUAGAAAUAAAUUGUACAUCUGUUACACGUGUCAUUAUAAAAUUAGUAAAUGUCAGAUACCCCCAGAAAGUUCAAUCAACAAGCUGACUGUUGAUCCCAUCCCACCUCAACUGGCAUGUUUAAAUACAUUAGAGCAACAUUUAAUAGCGAUGAAUAUACCCUUUAUGAAAAUGUUGGCUCUGCCCAAAGGUGGUCAGAAUGGGAUUCAUGGUCCUGUCACUUGUGUACCUGCAAAUAUAGUGGAAACGUGCAGUUUGUUACCACGUACCAACAUGGAGGGGUCUUUAUUACCUGUAAAGUUAAAACGUAAAUUGACAUAUAAAGGACACUAUGAUUAUCAGUAUGUUGACACACAGCAUGUUCAGGAAGCUCUUCAGUAUUUAAAACGUCAUAAUUUGCAUUAUAAAGAUGUAGAGUUCAAUGAGUCUUGGAUUAACACAUUUACUCAGGAAGAUGAGUCGUCUGUCCUGCAAGAAGAUAGUGGUUCUGGUAAAGAUGAAGAUACUUGCAUAGAUGGAGAAGAUGAGUUAUUGCAUGACAGACAACAGCACUGUAUGUUUCAGGACACCUGUCUCAUGCCAGUAGAUAUAGGACAAGAAGCAUUGGAUCAGUAUGUGGAUAACAUAUUAAAUGUAGCUCCAGGUGAAGGUAACAAUCCAGUGAAAUUGCUUUCAGAUUUUACAAAUGAAGCAAAAAGUUUUCCCGUCUUGUUUCCUUCAGGAUCGAAUACUUACUAUGAAAGCAGACAAUUUCGUUUGACUCUGAAUCGGUAUUUCAACAACAGGCUUCUUCAUGUCGAUGGUCGAUUUGCUAACAAUGUAGAAUAUAUAUUUUUUGCACAGUACAUGUCUGAACUAGAGCAAGUUGUGUCCAAAGUUUCUAUAGCUUUGCGUAAAGGUAAAAGCGGUGAAUCUCAGAAGUUGGGUAAUUUGAUACAGGAUCAGGAUUCUUUAAAUAAGCUGUUAGAGUUUGAUGAUGGCUACCGGUUUCUUAAACCAAUUCGCGGCACACCUGCUUUUUGGCAAUCUGCUCAGCGAGACCUCCUGGCUUGUGUAAAAAUGUUGGGCAAACCUACUUGGUUCGCAUCAUUUUCGUCGGCAGAUUUGAGGUGGACUAACCUUCUUUAUAGUAUUUUGAAACAGGAAGGCAGAACAGAGACAGUGGAACAGCUGGAGUGGGCUGAUAAAUGUGACCUCCUACGUAGGAAUCCAGUAACUGCUGCCCGAAUGUUUGAUUUUAGAUGGCAUGUCUUCUUAAGGGAAGUGCUAAUGUCUCCUGCCAAUCCCAUUGGUAAAAUAGAAGAUUAUUAUUAUCGUGUUGAGUUCCAGCAGCGUGGUUCUCCUCACUGUCAUUGCCUUUUCUGGGUUUCUGGUGCUCCCAUUUUAGAUAAGAACACAGAUGAGGAGGUCAUUGCAUUUGUUGAUGAAUAUGUCACAUGUGAACUUCCUUCUGAAGACGAUUCACUACAUGAAGUCGUCUCAUCUGUCCAGCAGCACUCCAAACGGCAUUCAAAGACUUGUAGAAAGAAAAAAACUGUUUGUCGUUUUAAUUUUCCACGGCCUGCAUCUGUUAGAACUUUUAUUAGUCGUGGUGAAAAGUAUCAAGAUGCAGUGAAGACUUGCAAGUGUGAUAAAACAGAUAGCACUGUACAGUGUGCCUGUGCGUCUCAAGAUAAAGCUCGUAAACAAGAAAUGGACAAAGAAGUAGCAAGUGCCAUUUUAACUAAAGUAAAGACUGCUAUUUCUAGUGAAGACUGUCCAUAUAACAGUGUAGAAGGUCUGUUUCAGGGCCUGGGUAUCAGUCAGGAACUAUUUGAGAUGGCAUAUAAACGAUUUUGUCGAAAUACACAUGUUGUUUUGAAAAGGGAAGUUAAUGAAAUCUGGAUUAAUCAGUAUAGCAAGUUGCUGUUAAAAGCUUGGAAUGCUAAUCUUGAUAUCCAGUAUUGCGUCGAUGCUUAUGCAUGCUGUGUAUACAUAAUAUCUUACAUGUCUAAAAGUGAACGGGAAAUUGGCCUUCUGCUUGCUAAUUCUCAAAGAGAAGCAGCCAAAGAUGGUAAUCUUAGUGCUAAAGAGGCCUUGAAGACUCUUGGUAAUGUUUAUCUUCAUAAUCGAGAUGUUUGUGCGCAGGAAGCAGUCUACAGGCUAACUAACAUGCAUCUAAAGGAGUGUUCUAGGAAAGUUGUGUUUGUUCCCACUGGUGAUAAUAUAGUGAAAAUGAGUUUGCCUAUUUCUGUUUUGAGGCAAAAAGCAGCAUCACAGGAUCUUACUUCAGAUGACAUGUGGAUGACCGGAUUAGUUGAUCGUUAUAAGAAGAGGCCAAAUGAUGAUGUGUUCAAUGAUAUGUGCCUGGCUACGUUUGCAUCAGAAUAUCGUGUUUUGAGUAAAAACGAAAAAUGUAGAAACCCUAUAAAGUUAAGUAAUGAUUUAGGAUUUGUUACAAAAAGAACUCGGACUAAACCAGCGGUUGUUCGUUACGCGCGUUUCUCUGAAACCAAAGACUCGGAGAAAUUUUUUCAAAGCAUGUUGCAGUUGUUUUUACCGUACCGCCAUGAUAGUCAACUUAAGCUUAACUGUGAAACUUUUGAGGAAUUUUACAGAACUGGUUUAAUUAGAUUUUUUGAUAGAACAAACCACUCGGUAAAGGCUGUUGUAGAUUUAAAUCGGAGUAAAUUUGAGUUAGAAUCUGAUCAUUUGGAUGCUGUGAAUAAUAUAGUCGGUGAUGUAAUGUUAGAAGAUGCAUGGUGUGAGUUGUGUCCGGCAGUUGAAAUGGAACGUUUAGAGUGUGUUGAAAUACUGAAAGAAUCAGAACCGACAGUAAGUGACGAGGCAGAAGUAAUCCCAGAUUUGGCUCCAUGUUCAAACCAAACUGCACAUUUAGAGAAGAGAAACACGAUGAGUAGAGGUGAAGGUCUGGCAUUGAUUAGGUCUUUAAAUGAAAAACAGUUUUCUGUUUUUAAUCAAAUCAGGCAGUGGUGUGUAGAUAAAGUUAAUGGUAAUAACCCUGAACCACUGCAUGUUUUUGUUACAGGUGGGGCAGGCGUUGGGAAAAGUCAUUUAAUUCGAGCAAUCGAGUAUGAAACACAGAGAUUACUGUCACCAAGCUGUAGACAUCCUGAUAAUGCAUGUGUAGUAUUGACAGCUCCUACUGGGAUUGCAGCAUAUAAUUUAGGUGCAACAACAAUCCACACUACACUGUCUAUAGGAAAGGAUGUGCGCUUACCGUACACUCCUCUGGGUGAAGAAAAACUAAAUUCUUUACGUACAAAAUAUUGUGAUUUGCAGCUUCUUCUUAUUGAUGAAAUAUCAAUGGUCGAUCAUAACCUGUUGUCCUAUGUUCAUGGUAGAUUACGUCAGAUUAAACAAACGGGUGACUUUUCACCUUUUGGAAAUGUCAGUGUAGUGGCUGUUGGAGAUUUCUUCCAGCUACCUCCUGUUAAAGGGAAGCCACUCUAUUCUGAUGGUGUAGGUAGCAACUUAUGGUCAAGCCUAUUUAAAGUUGUACAGUUAACUGAAGUCGUUAGACAGAAAGAUGCUGUGUUUUCUGGACUGCUAAAUAGAAUCAGAACUCAUACAAAAGGUACACCAUUGUUACCUGAGGAUUUAAAGGUUUUAAAAACUUGUGAAACAGGUGAGGCAAGCUCAGCAUUGCACAUAUUUGCAACAAAUAAUCAAGUAAAUAAUCACAACAUCCAUCAGUUAUGUCACGUUUGUCCUGAUUACAUAUCAAUUACAGCCAAAGAUUAUGUUAAUGAUAAAAGAACAGGCAAACUGAAGUUGUUGGAAGGGAAUCAUGCCAGAGCUUCUAAUACUAACUUGUCAGAAGUGUUACAGUUGGGUAAGGGUGCGCGUGUAAUGUUGUGUAAAAAUGUGGAUGUCAUUGACGGUUUAGUAAACGGAAUUUGUGGUACGUUGACGGAAAUUGUAAUUUUAGAAAAUGACACCUUUCCUAAGAAAGUUUAUGUUCAGUUUGAUGACCAUCGUGUCGGCUUGCAGAGGAGGAAAACCUCCCAGUCUCUGUCAGCAAAUUUAGCUGGAUCUACACCUAUUGAACCCGAGGAGGAAAGAGCCACUGUUAAAGGUGGAUUACGUCGACAAUUUCCUCUUAAAUUAGCUUGGGCGGUUACGGUUCAUAAAGUUCAGGGACUCACUCUUGAAAACGCCGUUGUUAGUUUUAGGAAAAUAUUUGCACCAGGUCAAGCAUAUGUAGCACUUAGCCGUGUAACAAGUCUUUCAGGACUCACAAUUCAGGACUUUGAUGAAAAACGAAUCUAUUGUAAAGAUGACAUUACAGUUGCAGUUAGUAAAAUGACCCCUUUUUUGACUCCAAACUCACAGUUCGACAGAUUUAACUCUUCUGCAUUCACUGUGUUUUUAAUGAAUGUCCAAAGUCUGAAUCGACACGUUAAAGACUUAGCUUUCUGCACACAGCAUUUGCAACCUAAUUGCAUUGCUGUCACAGAAACAUGGGUAUCUACAGACAGAUCAGAUGCAGUAAAGAUUGAUGGCUAUAGUUUUUACAACUGCCCACGAGGUUUAGCUUAUUCUAGUACUCAUGAGUCUUUGAUUGCUUUUCAAGAACAACAACAUGGUGGUGUUGGCUUUUAUACUGCAGAUGGUGUGGCAUUUAAAAUGUUGCAGGCUCCAGACGUCAACUUGGAGAGUUUAGUGUAUAGCUUUGUUAACUUACACAUAGUACUUGGACUCAUUUAUCGACCUCCUCUUUAUCCCCUUUCUUUGCUUAAAGUAAAUUUAACAAAGUUGCUUGAUUGGCUGGAGGUACAAAGUGAGACAUUAGUACUAAUGGGAGAUUUUAAUGAUGACAUUUUAAAAUCAUCAACAAUAUUAAAACUUUUGACUGACAGAGGCUAUGCCCAAAUAGUCAAACAGCCAACAACCGAGAAAGGCACUUUAAUAGAUCAUGUCUAUGUAAAAUCCAACAAGUAUAUAACAGAAGCAUCUGUUAUUCCAACAUAUUUUAGUGAUCAUCAGGGCAUCAUGUGUGCUUUGACACGGCUUUAGUUUACCUCAAAAACAGCUUUGAUUUGAUCAACACCUAACUGCAGAAUUUGUAAUGUAAAGAGGUGUGUGUGUGUGUGUGUGUGUGUGUGUGUGUGUGUGUGUGUGUGUGUGUGUGUGUGUGUGUGUGUGUGUGUGUGUGUGUGUGUGUGUGUGUGAUCAAUUUUAGCUUUAACAUUUACUAAUAUUUUACCUUUCCUUACAUGAGCUAUCUCUACUGAGAGCAAAAUCAAUUUCGUUGUACACCUAUGCAAUGACAAUAGAACUUGUAUAUAUAUAUCAUACAUAUAGUCUGUCAGAACUUUUCUAUAUGAAAUAUAUUGGAUGUAUUGUUUUUAAGCAGUGUACAUGUUUCGAUGCCGUUGAGAGGUUGUGCACACUCAGGACAACUUCGCUGCCGCGUUCCAUGUGUGAGAGCAGGGGUUGCAGGACAAUGUGCGCACAGGAGUGUAGCAAGAUUUUUAAACUGUGGGUGCUGAAAUUUCUCUGAUGCAUAUAGGUGAGAAGUGUUACAUUCGCAAACUAUUUAGCUGUCAUGAGAGCAACAAAGGGGGUAAUAACGCGCGGAACGUUUUGGUGUCGUGCAUUUGUCAUGGCACUAGAAUUUCGGGAGUGGUGCAGCACCACGCCUAUGUAGGAAAAACCACUAACUGCUGCUGUAUGCUUCACCAUUUCUGUGAUUUCAAUUUUCAUGUCCCCUACUGACCUAGUCAAAAUAACAUUGAGCCAUUUCCCACCUUCUCUCAGCUCUAGAAUGCUCUUUCCCCUUGUCCUCUGCAUUAAUCUCUCACCCACUUUUUAAUCAAAACUAAAAACAUAUCUGUCCAGAUCAGCAAUUAAUACACUAAUUUUAUUGUUGUAAUGUGUGUGAGUGUGUGUGUGUGUGUGUGUGUGUGUAUUUCAUCUUCUUUGUUGCAAAAUGUGUAGGAUGUAUUGGAAAGCUUUUAAACGUCUUUUUUAACAUCAAAAUUAAAUGUGUUUAAAAGCUUUCUAAAGGUUUCGUUUCCUGCAUUAAGAUGGUAUUUAUUGAAAUUAAACUGAAAACCUUUAGUACAAUUGGCCUCUCAUUCAUCACUACUGAACGAUGUAACAAUUCAACACCAAAUUAUGCAUAAUGUUAAAAAUUAAACUGGUGAAUUUCAUGCUGUUUUAAUGCAGGGUUUGCUUUACCUGGUAAAAUGCACAAAAAAGCAAAGGCAAUGGUCUGGUCUCCCAAUUGUGGGACAGGGUUCAAAUCCCUGUGUUGCCCUGCUAAUUGUGUUGAUCACUGGAAAAAACUAUUAUUAAAAAAGGCAAAAAACAAUAAACUUUAAGUUUAAAAUCUUACUUGCUGCAAUUCACCCUAGAACUAAACACAUUUUGAUUUCAAGGACAACUGAUAAGAUCACACCCAUGGGCAUUUCUAGCGUGCUUUUGUGAGUACUGAAGCACCCCUAAAUUCAUCUCUAGCACCCCUAAAGUUUAACAUUUAUUUAUUUAUUUUUACAAUU